UUGCUUAAUAUACAGAAGUAGCUGGUAUUGGAGUGGAUAUUACUUCUUUGCCUGCCUUUUUUGGUGGAUUACUACUUAUUUGCAAUUUCAGGAGAAUAUGGGAUAGAGAAGAAAGCAGUGAAUUAAUGUCACUUGAUUAGCAACAGAUUGGAACACUCUACUUGUCUUGCCUCUCUUUGGCCUGUUUCAGGCCUCUAAAUGUUGAUUUGCUCCAGGAAUUGUCCUGGACCCUCUUCUCUAUCUAUACUCGCACUCCAGGUUAUUCCACUGAAUUCCAUUAACUUGGAAAACUCCCAAAUUUAUCUCUCUAGUGACUCUCAACUCCACAUGGACCCCAACGUCUCUGUACAAAAUCCUGAAAAGAAGGAACAGUCUUCUGUAUGUGUUGGCAGAGAAGAUGACAUUAAAAAAUCUGGAAGAAUGACAGCUGUUGUCCAUGAUCGAGAAGUGGUGAUUUUCUACCACAAAGGAGAAUAUCAUGCUAUGGAUAUUCGCUGUUACCAUUCAGGGGGACCUUUACAUUUGGGAGAAAUAGAGGAUUUUGAUGGCCGAUCUUGUAUUGUUUGCCCCUGGCAUAAAUACAAAAUUACUCUGGCAACAGGAGAAGGACUGUAUCAGUCUAUAAAUCCUAAAGACCCAUCAGCAAAACCCAAGUGGUGUUCCAAAGGACUAAAGCAAAGGAUUCAUACAGUGACAGUGGACAACGGGAAUAUUUAUGUGACUCUUUCUAAAGAAACUUUUAAAUGUGACUCUGAUUUUUAUGCCACUGGAGACUUCAAAGUAAUUCAGAGUUCAUGA